CUUUCACUUUACUUUUACUUUCUUUAUUUUUUUUUACACAUACACACACACACACACAAUGACAAGUCAAGAUGACCGAGAUUUCAAAUUAGGCAACAUGCCCGAAGGCUUAAAUGUUGCUGCCUCAUUAGGAGCUCCUGAGCAUUUAAAUACAAGCUCACUUUCUUUAAAGCAAGAUGUCGAACAGUUUGGUCUUGCUGGUAAAAUUUGGCAAAGUGCUUAUACUUUACAAGCGUUAUUUGAUGUGGAGAUGCAACCACUGCUUGAACCAAAUCAUGUGAUUCCAGCCAACUAUUAUCAAAAGAACACAGACACCCAACCUUACAGGAUAUUAGAACUGGGUGCAGGUACGGGUUAUGUGGGUAUUGCACUUGCCAAUCUUUUACGUAAACCUUGUCAAGUGUAUAUUACGGAUUUGGCACAGGUUGUACCUUUAAUCCAGGAAAAUGUCAAGCUUCACGCUAUCGAGAGAGAGGACGCAGCCGAGAUUAUUGUGGAUCGAUUACAUUGGGGUAACUCGGAGGAUGCGACCCGAUUAUUAGCAGGAGGUCGAUUUGAUUUGGUCGUGGUGAGUGAUUGUGUGUAUUUCCCAGAAUUAUUCAGCAUGUUGUUGGAUACACUUUUGGAUGUGUGUGAUGAAUCCACGCGUGUAGUGAUUGGUUACAAGUGUCGGUCGCUGGAAAAAGAAGUUGGUUUUUGGCAAGAUUAUUUCGGGAGAUACUUUGAGUAUGAACCAAUUAGAAGAUUAGAGACCGUGCUUUAUGAUGAAGGAACAACCGAUGAAAGAGAGGUCAAGGAGAUUGCUGAUUUAUUGGGUGCUGAAGAACAGUUAUUUGUCUUUAUGGGUUCUAAAAGACUUCAUAAUCAGAUCAAAGCAGCAGAUGACACUUUUACUACUUUGUUAUUUUGUUCUAUGGGAUUCUAGCCCCUUUUUUUCGCUUGUACAACCGAGAAUUAGAAAAGGGUCUGUAUAGACCGUUAUUCCCAAUACCCUUUCAUAGACGAACAGACAUAAAAUAAAAAUCAGGAUAAAUAGAAAUUAGUUCAGAGACAAUCUCUUCUAUCGUGUAUAACAGUUCAUAGAAAAGGCCUUAUAGAGAAUGAAAUGAUUACCCAUCGAAAGAAGAAUCCAUCACCAAAUGAAUCAUCCAUAAUAGUAUGAUAGUUUGUGUGUCUCUCUUGACAGCAGUACAUCGAGCUGUAAUCAUAGGUCAUUUGGAGGACAGGUGUUUUUAUCUUGGAUGUUUGGAUCUCGUACUGUCAAAUGCUGGGACAGCUUCAUUGGCUGAAAAAUAUAAAGGCUCUCCUGAAAAAGUAGUUUUCAUGGUCGUACAAUCGGGCACUCAAAAGAUGAUGUGUUUGUUUGAGAGUGGAGCAACAGGCGU